GGAUUUUACUGUGCCUCUGGUGGAUAAAGUAGCGUACAUGAAUUAUGGCUUCUACUUCGAGCUGUCUGGAAACUGCACCAGAUCAAGCAGCCUAUAUUAUGUAGGAAACGCCAAAAGGAUUUUACCGUGCCUCUGUUGGAUCAAGUAGGGUACAGAAAUUAUGGCUUCUACUUCGAGCUGUCUGGAAUCUGCACCAGAUCAAGCAGGUGACCUAUCUUCUUUGAUUUUGAAAAGAAAAGUGGAUGAGGAUGUUUUGAAGGAUUAUGCAAAAGAUGGUCGAAUUGAUUCACCAGACAAAGAGGGUAAAACCCCACUGAUGAUAGCAUGCUUGCAUAGUCUUAAAGAAACGGUACAAUCCUUGCUAGCGAAUGGGGCUGACCCCAACUCCAGAAAUGUUAAAGACGGUAAUACCCCGAUGCACUAUGCUUGCACGGUAGUAGCGAAUUCUUCUCUUGAUAGAUUUUAUGUGACAUCAGAGCGUAUGAUGACCAAGCUUGGGAUUAUAAAGUUGCUUGUAAGUCAUGGAGCAGAAACUGUUCAGGACAACCAGGAUGGAUGGAGCCCAGUCUGUGUAGCUUCCUUGUACCUCCUGACAGAUGUUGUAGAUUUCCUCUUAUCACAGGACACUACAUCUUUGGAGACCAAGAUCAAAGCCAUGGAAAUACUUGGAGUUUCACAAGCUAUGUCAGACAAUCGUUACGAAUUCCAAGAUUCAAUUCAUUCUUUCUCAAAAGCCAUGCAAUUUCGGCAGAAUUCUGGUGUUUCAGAACCACACAGAGAAACCUCAGAACUUGCAGAAUGUUUUUCCAACAUCUCAUUGAAAGAAUACAACACACUACAGGAAAUUGAAUCAAACCAGGCAUCAACCAUGGCUAUGAAGGGCCAUGCAUUUAUUAUUGGGAACAGACUUUUCCCCAAUAAUCUCAAGCAUAAAUAUCUCUACACAUCCCUCACUGCAUUUGCAAGUAGUCUGAUGUUUGACAGAAAGACAUGUGAUGAAGGUUUCCAAAUAUUGUCUUGUGCCCUGAAGUUUGAGAAUAGAGGUGAACUGGAGCUAGGAUCUGUUGCACUCCAAUUGGCAAAAAAGGGUGAAGCAUUUGCAUUUGAUAAAGAACUGGAUUCUCCAUUCCAUCUGUGCGCAAGGAAACUCAUGUGUUCAUACAAAUACAUCCUCACUAGUGUACCAACAGACUCUGUACUAGAUAAUACAAAAACUCUGAUUGAAAGCUUUGGUAAAAUACUGUUUCAUUAUGCAUUUGAUUGCUCCAACAUGGAAGUUUUAAAAUCUAUAUUGCAAGCAGUAGAGAAGUCAAUGAGAUUCAUCCAAGCUAGGAUUCUGACAGAGAACCCUGAAAAGUAUACAGAGACGCCUUCAAUGACAUUGACAAUCAUGCAACUCCUCGGGGAAGCCUAUGUUGACAAUAUGUAUUCCGGAAUUAGCUCAAGAUGCCUUCUGAGAGUAAAGUUUGUAAUAUUCAAGAUUCUGUCCUUUGAUAAUGCUUCUUAUAAGGACACAAGUGGGUGCAGUUUACUCCACCUCGUCACUUAUUGCGCCCAAACUGCCAGAGACAUAGAUUACCUUGUAGACCUUGCCAGGCUCUUUGUACGUCAUGGAUGUCCGAUAGAUGUGAAUAAUGAUGGUGAAACCGCUCGUUAUAUUUUGGAAGAGAUAGCAAUGGACAUUGGUGAGGCUGAUUCACACUUUCUGAUGUUGGUGAGCCCACCAACAACAGUCCUACGUUUAGAGGAACUAGCCAUCAGAACCAUUAUAAGACGUCACAUCAAUUAUAUGGACAAACUUCCUCCAAGUUUAUGUGAGAUGAUAGAAGAUGGAGUCAAGGAAAGUGAAAUAGAAAGAGAUAGUGAUGAUUCUGAUAAGGGAAGUGAGGAUGGUAACUGAUUCAGUUCAUGCCACUUCUUUCUAUGUCACAACUAAAGUUUGUAUGUAAAGUUUAGGUAAAUUACAGAUGUUAAUCUCACAACUCGUAUUAUGCACUGAAAUUCCACAUUUUUAACCAUUAUACAGUAUAAUAGUCUGGACUAUUUUUGUGGAUCAUAUCGCUGAAGGAGAAGGGGAUGGUCCCAAAUUCCAUCAAAAACAGCUGUUUUAUUGAUUUUGAGCUGUGAUUGCAAAUAUAAUAAUUAUUGAAGAAUUCAUGAUGAAAGGGCACUUUUGAAAAACUUUUUUUACAUAAAGAGAAAGAUGAUUUUUGAAAAUUAAUGUGCUUUCUCUUUUUUUUUGAGGGGGGGGCUGCUUCCUCCCUUUGUUAUGUAGGGAAAGUUGAAGAGAUGUAGACUAGCUUCACGCCUUCACCAUCUUUUUAAAUAGCCAGAUACUAUAGCAACUAAUUCGAGCUUUGGGCGAACUGCUUCAGAACAAGGAACUGACUUGUCUACUCUGGUAUUGGAAGGAAGAGUAGAUGAAGAAGUGUUGUAGGAUGCUGCCAGAAAUGAUCAAAUUGAUUCACCAGACAAAGAGGGCAAAACCCCACUGAUGAUAGCAUGCUUACAUGGUCUUACAGAAACUGUACAAUCCUUAUUGGCAAAUGGGGCUGACCUCAACUCCAGAAAUGGCAAAGACCGCAAUACUCCGAUGCAUUACGCUUGCAUGGUAGAAGAGCCUCAAGAAGAGUAUGCUUUAUCUGGAAGCUACUUUUGCCCAUCGAAGUGGAUGGCAGCCAAGCUUGCAGUCACUAAGCUGCUUGUAGGUCAUGGAGCAGAAACAGUUCAGGACAACCAGGAUGGGUGGAGCCCUGUGUGUUUAGCUUCAUUUUACCUCCUGACAGAUGUUGUCGACUUCCUUUUGUCUAGGGAUGAUGUACCAUUGGAGAUCAAGGUAAAAGCAACUGAAAUAUUGGGAGUUUCACAAUCUACUUUAGGUGACCAUCACAGUUUUCAACGUGCAUUCAUUUCUUUCUCAAAGGCCUUCGCUCUGCAGCAAAGUUCAGGUCUUACAGAACUUCCCAAAGAAAGCUCAGAUCUUACCGUAUGCUUUUCUAAAAUCUUGUUAAAAGAGUGCCACACGCAAGAAGAAAUUGAUGAUUCAGUUGCCUUGAAAGGCCAUGCCAUUUUGCUUGGGGACAGGCGCUUCCCCAAUCACAUCAAAAAGAAGUACCGGUAUCUCUACCCAGUCCUUACCAAAUUUGGCAUUGAAUUGAUGUUUGAUAGAAAUAUGUUUGAUGAAGGCAUUCAUGUAUUGUCUUUUGCCCUGGAGUUUGAGCGUACAGAUAAAUUGAAGCUAGGAUCAGUUGCUUUACAGCUCGCAUGUAAAAGUGAUCCACUUGAAUGUGCAGAUGGAGAUCCUCAUAGCCCAUUCCAUCAGUGUGCUAUGAUAUUAUUGCCUUCAUACAUAGCCAUUCUUCAUGACAUUCCAAUAGAAUCUAUACUAGACAUUAGGGAAGAUCUGAUGAAACACUUCAGUCACAUACUGUUUCAUGAAGCAUUCUUUUGUUCAAACAUUGAAUUCUUGAAGUCCUUAUUGCAAGUUGUAGAGAAGUCAUUGAGAGUCAUCCGUCACAGAAUCCUGGGGGAAAAUGCUAUGAAGUGCCCUGAGAUGCCUUCAGUAGCCUUUGGCAUCAUGAAACUCCUGAAGGAAGUAUUUGUUGAAAAAUAUUCUGCACAAAGGAUUUGUAAUUAUUAUGAUGAUCUUCAGAGGUCUAUUCGGAGAGUAAAGUAUGUCAUUCAGAAUGUCCUCUUCUUUGAUGCUGCUUCAUAUACGGAUAACAGUGACCAAUCAGCACUUCACUUGAUAGUGUCUUGCAUCUCUGUUCGCCAUUUCUGUUCGCCAAGAAAUUCUUCAAGACCUCGCUAGAGCCUUUGUUAGACAUGGAUGUCCGCUAGAUGCAAAGAAUCUAAAUCGUGAAACGGCCCAUGAUAUGUUGAUAAAAGAUGUGUUGUACAACCCAGAGAGUGAAUCAACGUUACUGAUGUUGGUGAGCCCAUCAACUGCAGUGCUACGUCUAGAAGAACUUGCCAUCCGGCAAGUCUUACAACACAACAUCAACUACCACAAUACCCUUCCCCAAUGUCUUCAUGGGAUGAUUGAAAUGGAUGUUGGAGACUAUGAAUUGAAUGUACUUGUCAAUAGGGAACCUGAAGAAGGGAGUGAGAGUGCUGAAGGCAAGAGUGAAGACUUAGAUAAUAGUAGUGAAGAUUUUGAAAAUGGGAGUGAUUAAUUAAAAAACACAAGUGAUGAGUGGGACAGUGAGAGUGAUUCAGGUAGUGCAGACUCUAGUAGUGACUGAAGUAAUAAUGUCACUCUGGACUUUGGUAGUCAUGAUGGCAAGGGGGAAUAAUUCCAUUCUGCGUUAAUAUUUGUUGAAAGAACUAUCCUCUGUACCUACGAAGUAGGCUAUAUAAUUAUGAUCAAUUUUAAAUGCAGGAUUUAUUUCUAAAUCAUACAAACAAAAGUUCUUGUAUGCUCAAACUUGUUUUGAUCCAGUGAUGCAUAUAUCACAUUUCAUUUUUUUUAGUGCAUCAUAAUUUCGUGCAAAUUGUCAAUCAGGAUAAAAUAAGAGAGCUGCAGUCAGUCCGCAAGCCCUGAAAAAGUAGCUUCUUUUAUCCAAGUGAUAUUCAUGACUAGAGGGUUUUAACUUUUUGCAUAGUUAAUGAGCUUGGUGCGAACCAAAACACCUCUUUUUAUUCGGCCAUUGCUGCUCUAAAUAUUGACCAAAUUUCAUGUUUUUGGUAUCUUUAUAAAGAAGAAGAAUCAUUCUUUCAGGUCAUGUGUUUGGAUUUUUAAAAGAAUGUUGUAAUAUAGGAAAAACUUUUGAUCUAAAACAUGAAACAAAAUAUUUGUUUUCAUGCAACAAAAGUUGUUGUUUUCACACUUAAUUUCUGUUUGGGCACAACUGAUUUUUAAAUCAUGAUAAAGCUGAAGAUCUAAGCUUUAAUAUAAUCAAUAUGACUCAAGAAGAAAGUGGUUAAAUUCUUUGAGAAAGAAAGUCUCACAAUUCACGAGAUUUUGCAGGGACAUGAAUUCAGCCACGAGAGGACUUGGAUAAAUCUUACUCAUUUGCUCAUUAACACAGGGGCUUGCGGACUGACUGGCUGUAUUGAAAAAUCUUGUUUGCUUGCAAGACAUUUAUUUCAACAAACAUUUCUUUGACAUUAAAUAGCCUUCCCUUCGGUGUGAAACUUAUUAUUCCAUGUUUAGUAUUUGAUUUGUAUAUUGAUGGCAUGAAUGUAUGUGUUCUUGCCUCAGAGGGACCACCAUUACAUGGUUACGUGAUGGUAGCUCUUCUCCUGGCUGCUGACGCUAUGGAAAGAAUGCUACUCUGUAUAAUCUCAGUUCUUUUUAUUUUUGUAUUCAAAUUGAUAUAAGCCUGUUAACGUAAACAGUUAUGAUGCAUAAAAAUAUGUUCUGGUAGUAUGUACAAGCAAUGACCAUUGUCACAUUACCCUGUUUAUAAUUUGAUCGCAACAUAAAUUACUUUUUUCAUGUCAAAAUGAAUUGCGAGAAGUGUGUUGGUUUGCGUGCAUGUGUGUUUCUUGUUUCAUUCAUUUUAUUUGUUUGGUAUACUAUUUCCUUCUAAACUCAACACUUAAUGCUUUUGAAAUAAGCUUUUGUACUAUUAGGCCCUAAUAUGUUUUGUUUGGGCCAAGGCUAUAGCAUCAAUGUAAACAACAAACAAUGUUUUGUGACUAUGAGCUAUAGCUUGCUUAUACAGACAAAUAAAUUAUACAGACGAUACAUGAAAUUAUGUGUUUUUAUAUACGAGCGAUACCAUGUAUUUCAUAUAGAAACUCGCUUUCCAAAAUGGAUUCAUGGACUGUUGAAAGCAAUGAUUUUGAUGCACAGUACGUAGCAUUGGAAAUAAAAUAUGAUCUUAUUCGAUAAA